AUGGCGGCGGAGCUAGUGGAGGCGAAGAACAUGGUAAUGAGUUUCAGAGUGUCAGAUUUGCAAAUGCUCCUGGGAUUUGUUGGGCGCAGUAAAAGUGGUUUGAAGCAUGAACUGGUCACACGGGCUCUACAGCUGGUACAGUUUGAUUGCAGUCCAGAGGUUUUCAAGAAAAUUAAAGAGCUUUAUGAGACGCGCUACGCAAAGAAAGGCACAGAGGCAAUCACCCAAGCUCCACCCCAGCCUAUCACAUCACAUGCACCUGAAUCUUUGUCUAUUCACCCAUCCUAUGACCAUGGAGUUUCUACACCCAGGACUUCUCUUACUACACCUAACAUAGACUAUCCUUCUUUGUAUGGGAAACAUGUUAAUGGGCUCUCCAGGUUGCCUCCAAAAGUUAUUACAAAGCCUGAGGUACGACUGGUUAAGUUGCCUUUCUAUGAUGUGGUGGAUGAACUCUUAAAGCCAACUGAGCUGGUUGCUCAGAACAAUGAAAAGUUGCAAGACAGUCCAUGUGUGUUUGUCCUGUCCCCAAGGCAAGUGGACUUGAUCAAGAACUCCAGGGAUUUGCACCCUGGAACCAAAUCUGUUCAAGUGGUCCUGAGGAUUUGUUACACAGACACAAGCUGUCCACAGGAAGAUCAAUAUCCACCAAACAUUGCUGUGAAAGUGAACCAUAAUUACUGCUCUGUUCCGGGAUACUACCCUUCAAACAAACCUGGUGUGGAACCUAAAAGACCAUGUCGUCCUAUUAACCUGACAAACCUUAUGUAUCUGUCAUCUGCUAGCAACAGAGUGACAGUCACUUGGGGGAAUUAUGGCAAGAAUUAUUCAGUGGGUUUAUAUUUAGUAAGACAAAGAACUUCCUCCGAGCUAUUACAGAGAUUGAAAACCAUCGGUGUAAAACAUCCAGAGCUCUGCAAAACUCUUGUGAGAGAGAAGUUACGCCUUGAUCCUGACAGUGAAAUUGCAACAACUGGGGUCAGAGUGUCUCUUAUCUGUCCGCUAGUAAAGAUGCGGUUAACUGUGCCGUGCCGAGCCGAGACUUGUGCUCAUCUUCAGUGUUUUGAUGCUGUCUUUUACCUGCAAAUGAAUGAAAAGAAACCAACCUGGACAUGUCCAGUGUGUGACAAACCUGCCCUUUAUGAUCAGCUUAUCAUUGAUGGGCUUUUGUCCAAAAUUCUGACUGAGUGCAAGGAUGCGGAUGAGAUUGAGUUCCUUGCAGAUGGAUCCUGGUGUCCAAUUAAAGCAGAGAAGGAAAGAAGCAGUAGUCCUGUAUGCCCAAUCCUUGUGCUAGGCUCUCAAGACACGAUGGCAAAACUUCCUCUUCCAAGCAGCACAGUGUCAAGUGAAAAUGGAAAGCCUGGUCCUGAUGUGGUGGAUCUGACUUUGGACAGCAGUUCGUCUUCAUCCUCCUCCUCUGACGAAGACGAAGAUGAGGAGGAGGAACGACCACCACAGAAGAGACGCUGCUUUGAGAAAGGCCUCUUAUCAGCUUGUUGA